AUGGACGCCACCGGGGGCGCGCUCAACAAGCAGGUGCGGGUUCUGCACGUUCAGAUGGAAGAGAGCAGCUACUUCCAGCGGAUAGCGAGUCGCACUUGGAAGUGUGACCCUGUGCUGGACACGUUGGUCAAAAAGGUAGUGAUGAACAAAGGCAGCAUCGUCCAGCUGAUCCACCACAGCGACGUUGUGCGGGUGAAGUAUGCGCAGGAGGUGCGCGCCAUGCAGCACAACCCGAUGUGGAAGCAGAACUCGUCCAAGUUCAGCGCCGCCAAACACCGCUUCGACACCUGGGCGACCCCCUUUGCCAAGUUGUGCCUGACAAUGGAAGCUGUUCUAUCAACAGCGCAGUCCCUACAUGAUGAAAGAAAACAAGAAAGGGUAGGCGCUGCAGCAAAGGAGUUUCUGAUGCUUGCCACGGAGGAGAACUUGGUGCUUUUGGGCAUGCUAGCUGACGCUGGAGAAGAAAAUCUUCAGCUGGUGCGUUUUCUGGACAGCGAGACGCUAGACAACAGCCAACUGUGUGCGGACUUGGGCCGGUUCACGACGCGGAUCACCAUGCUUUUUGAUCAGGGGGGCUGCCUGAGGACCGGCUUCACGCAGCACGUGCUGCAGCUGCUGUCAACGCAGCGGGUGCUGUAUGUGGAUCGCCAGCCCCGGCGGCUCGGCGGUGCGCCGCAGCAUCAGAUGGCUCAGACAGUUGCGUCCUGCUUGCAGCGCUUCAAGGCAUGGACCGCUUUGGCCAAAGACGUUGUGUCGGCGGAGUUCCCGUGCUUCGAGGCCUUGCAGACUUUCAGCAUCUUCCAUCUACGGCCUUUGGCUGAACAACAGCGCUUCAUGACUGCGGGGGAGGAGCGCGCCGACAUAGCCACAAAGGUGCACAAGCUCGCUGUGCUGCUGGGCGUGCCGGAGUGGUUCACGAAACAUCCAGGUAUGAAGCAAGGUAGCCAGGCCACUGUGAAGAGGAACUUCACGGGAG